CCUCCGAGUGGCUGUCCAAUGGACAAAGGAGAAAGGCGGAGCGUCUCCGACUGGCAACCAAUGAGAUUUUACGUUUUGUAUACGUAUUUUAGUAUUAGUCGCAUCCGGGUUAGCGCUGAGUUAUCAGAAUGGACGGAACCUUCCGGCGGAUGCUGCAGGUCCUGCUCGCCCAGCUGCUCUGUGUGUGUGCUCUGGGCUCGGAGCUAACGUUUGAGCUGCCAGACAACGCUAAGCAGUGUUUCUACGAGGACAUCACCAUCGGAACCAAGUGUACGCUUGAAUUUCAGGUGGUGACUGGUGGCCAUUACGAUGUGGACUGUCGCUUGGAGGACCCGGACGGUGUGACGCUCUACAAAGAGAUGAAGAAGCAAUACGACAGUUUCACCUUCACAGCAGCCAAGAAUGGAACCUUCAAGUUCUGCUUCAGCAAUGAGUUCUCAACCUUCACCCACAAGACGGUUUAUUUUGACUUCCAAGUCGGUGAUGACCCUCCACUCUUCCCUAACGAAAACCGGGUAACCGCUCUCACCCAGAUGGAAUCGGCUUGUGUGUCAAUUCACGAAGCCUUGAAAUCAGUCAUCGAUUACCAGACUCACUUCCGUCUUCGCGAGGCCCAGGGGCGUAGCCGAGCCGAAGACCUCAACACCCGUGUUGCAUUCUGGUCCAUUGGCGAGGCCAUUAUCCUCCUAGUGGUCAGCAUCAGUCAAGUGAUCCUCCUGAGGAGCUUCUUUUCCGACAAGAAGACGACGACAACACGUGUCGGAUCAUAACAUCUGGCACAUCUCAUCACUUUCUUCGUUUUUGCCCGGCCUGGUCUGCAUAGAGAAGUUUAGAACAGCAGUGCUGAGAAUGCGCACUCGGCUCUUCAUCAGUCAACACAGUUGUUCUUGAGGACUUUAUGCAAAUGAGUUCGCAGAGUUCAUGUAGUCUCGAAGGGUUUUUGAAAGGUGCACAAGUGACUUGCAGAAAAGCUCUAUUGUGUUGAUAUGCAUAGUCUGUUCAUGCAGCUUCCUGUGUGGUUUUUGGCAAACUUCAUACAUGAGAUUGUUUUUAUUUGCUAUAUUCCUGUUUUAUUGAGAUUCACUCAUUCAUCAGUUUGCGCCUGUUUCACGCACAUUUUCUGGUCAGAGUUUGUAAUAAAGCAAAAAAAGUGGCUAUGUUUAUUCUGGAUUAAAAACUGUAAAACUAUAUUUAUGUUACUAAAUAUUCCUGAUUUCAAUGUCUGAUCCCUCUCACGGCUUUGCUUUAUCAGCUGAUGUAUGCAUAGUUCUCUUGAUUCUGAAAUACAAAAUGUAGGAAAGCCUUUUUAAUACAGUACACACAAAGAUGUCGCUUUUAUAGUUGUGGAACUAACUUAUUUCAUGCUGUCAGCUGUACUAGUUUUGUGAAGCUACCUUCACUGUUUUUUGAACUGGUACUCAAUCCGUCAUGUCUGCAAACUUAUUUCCUUAGCGGCUGAAUUGUUGCUUUCUAAAACAUUUUUCUUGAAUGUAACAACCUGCUCGUCAUUGUCAGAUGUAAUUUCAAAGUUCUUCCUGCAAAGAAUCAUCCACACUCUUAGAAAGGUGUUCACCUCUCUGGAAUACAGGAAUACAACUAAACGUUUGCCUCAUUUCUUUCUGUAUAUCUGUUUGGUCUCAACGUGAAUCCUUCAGUUCACACUAUUGAACAAUGUUUAUAUUUAAACUGAACAUUUUGUAUCACUAUUUCUCACUAAGAUUUGUUAAUCCAGCCCAAAUUUAACUCUUGGAUAUGUGUCAGCAGAUCACUGAAGAGGCUCUGUAACCAGAUUAGCCAUAAAGCCACAAGAUUAGCACCCUUACAUUACCAACAUGACCUGAAAAAAUUCUGCUUUUCAAAAAAAAAAAAAGAAACCUCUUAAUUUAGGAUUUUCUUGCCUAUUUUGUCAUUCAUUUGAUAUCUCUUGUGCUUUGUGAGCAUUUUUACUGUAGGUUGUUGCACUGGAAGAAGACUUUUGGACUUACAUUUGUGCCCUGAUGAAUGUUCUGGUUAAGUUAUUGGGUUUAAUAAAGGAAUAAGCGUUAUGAAAAGUUGAAUUAUUUUUGGUUUCUGAACAGUGUGUAGUCAUGCUGCUUUUUUCCUGUAGGGAGUGAUACAACGCAACCUUGCUCAGCUCUGCAGCCUCAUAUAUUUGAAAUAUGAUCAGCUCCAUAUCUGUCCUCUGAAGCUGUAAAAACGUUGUGUCAUAAAACAAGAACAUUUUGCUUGAAAGCACUCCUUUAUUGCCUCAGUGAGCAAAAUUGAAAUAAGCAGUGUUCACAAGGCAGUCUGAACUUUAUUACACAAACAGUAACCAGUCCCUUCUGUAGCUGUAGAGCUACAUGUUUUUGACCACUUUAGAGUGGCUGUCCUGGCUUUAUAGAAAAACAAAGACAGCACCCUAUAUUCCCUAUUAGAGUAUUUCAUAUGAGAAGUUUCAUAUAGUAAAGAGUAUACCGCGUAAUGUUGCAGUA